AAAUGGCUUCUCUGCAAAUCCAUUCACGGAUGUCAAGGAAUUCUUGUUUUUUCUUAUUUUAGUUUUCACAAAUUUUCCCUCUUUUGGCCUCUGGAUUUUCCAUUAAUUGCAAUUAUUUCUUUCCUAUAAAUUUAAUGGUCACUUCUCUUCUCUGCUUCCUUCCUAGAGAGAGCCACCGAAAACGAAUUUUGGUUUCUUGGCCCCUCAGUCUCAUAAAAUUAAACGAAACCCAUGUGAGCAAUUCUUUUAUGUCCUUUAAAAUUUUCAUCUUUCCUUUUUCUUCUUCUUGUGCAGGAAUGUCAAUGUUGCUGAUAUUUGUAAAUUGUAAACACUCUUUUGUUUAUUCAUUACUCGAAUUGUAAUCAAUUUGUUCUGUACGGCACAAUGUCGUCAUCUUGAUCGUUGGGUUUUCGUUUUUCUGGGCUAAUAUUCUCUUGGAUUUUGCUAAUUUUUUGUUGGAAAGGUGUGGUUCGUUUUUCAUCUUAUAUUUUAUAAUAUGCAGGCAGAACAGUUACGUUCUAUGGUGGGGAGUUUUACUAUAUGUGAUACCAGGUUCAAUGGGUGUGGAUUGGAUUUAUGUUGUAUCUAUUGCCUUUUGUAUGUUAUUAUCAGUAGUAUUUGUUUCAUGUUCUUGCUGGAGCAUUGCUUAUUUUUGUCUUAUUUGUUGUUGGUUUAGUUAUUUGUUAAAAGCUUACUUCUGUUUUCAUUGUUGUGAAAGGUUUUAUAUUGGAACGCACUGAGCACAUUUCGUGGUUCCGGCUUGGGAAGUUGAUUUCUUGAGGUGGGGUUCAGGUUUUUAUGGGUUGAACUCAAGAAAUCAUGGGUAGCUUCAGUGACAACGAUGAAGAAUCUCAAUUCUUUGAUGCCUCAGAGCACAUUGCAGCAGAAUCCAAACCGAGUUAUGGGUUCCCUAGGAGUAAUACUUGUGAAUAUGAUGUAUGGAUGAGGAGUCCUCAAAGCAUUACAGAGCGACGUAGGAAAUUCAUUAGAUGGAUGGGAUUGAGCCCGGAUAAGUUAAGACACAAUUUACAUAACGUAUCCGACGAUUCUGAAAACCACCACGCCUUCAAAGGAGAUGUCGGGAGAAUUAUGGAGAAUUGUGGGGCUGUACUUAGAACCUCAGUUCCUGAGGAUAAAUUUUCUUUAAGCCAAUCUUCUGCAUCAAGUUGGUCCAGUGAUGCUUUUGAUUUGUCGAGUGGGUUUGUUUCAAGUGAAGAAUUUGUAUGUAGAGCUGGGUAUCCAGAUGGUGCAAGUGGAAGUAAUGUAGAUGAUAUUGGAGAGGAUGGCAAGCUAAGUAAUCUUCAAGAUGGUGAGUUAAGCCAAUUUCUGACGGCAACGGAGUUUGUGAAUGCUUCUCAAUCGUCUCCCUUGCUACAGCAAAUUAAUGAAAAUACUUCGAGAAUAAUGAAUAAAAUGAAAGAUAAAUGGUUGAGUAGAUUGCAUUCCAUGAGGCGCUUAAUGAGUAUGGGUCAGAAAGAUAAUAUUCUUCCAUCCAAUAAUUCCAGCAAACUUCAGAGCUCUAGAGUUCAAAGAGUCAGGGUUCACCAUUGUCAGAAGAGGUUAAAGGAACUUUCAGCUCUUUUUACAGGACAAGAUAUUCAGGCCCAUGAGGGGUCCAUAUUAACAAUGAAAUUCAGUCUUGAUGGGCAAUAUCUAGCUAGUGCUGGUGAAGAUAAAUUUGUGCGCAUUUGGCAAGUGGUGGAAGAUGAGAGGUCAGAUAAUAUUGACAUUCCUGAUGCAGAUCCAUCUUGCAUAUAUUUUUCAGUUAAUCGUCUUUCUGAAUUGGCACCUCUCAUGGGAGAGAAAGAUGAAGCUAACAAAUUCAAGAAUCUUGGAAAAACAUCAGACUCUGCGUGUAUCAUAUUUCCUCCAAAGGUAUUCCGAAUUUUGGAGAAGCCCUUGCAAGUGUUCCAAGGGCAUGAUGGAGAGAUCUUGGAUCUUUCAUGGUCAACAAAUAAUUGUCUGCUUUCAUCAUCAGUUGAUAAAACUGUUCGUUUGUGGCGAGUUGGAGUUGAUCGGUGCCUCAAGGUCUUCGUGCAUAGUGAUUAUGUGACUUGCAUUCAAUUUAACCCUGUGAAUGAUGAUUACUUCAUCAGUGGUUCAAUAGAUGGAAAGGUUCGCAUUUGGACGAUCAAUGGUUGUCAAGUCGUUGACUGGGCUCAAAUAAAGGAUAUAAUCACUGCAGUAUCUUAUCGUCCAAAUGGGCAGGGAGGUAUUAUUGGCUUAAUUACAGGUACCUGUCGCUUUUUUAAUAUAUCAGAUGAUCAUAUUCAAUUGGGAGCUCAGAUGUGCUUAACGAAUAAGAAAUCAUCCUGCAAACGGAUAACUGGCUUCCAGUUUUCUCCACAAGACCCCAGCAAAGUAUUGGUUGCAUGUACUGAUUCACAAGUCAGAAUCCUUGAUGGGACGAAUGUGAUUGGGAAAUAUAGAGGAUUACGAAAUUCGGGAAACCAAAUUUCUGCUUUAUUCACUUCAGAUGGAAAACAUAUUGUAUCGGCAUUUGAGGAUUCUAAUGUUUACGUGUGGAACUACAUUGAUAAAGUAGUGUCUUCUGCUUCGCAUCCAAAAGCCAUUAGAUCGUUUGAGUAUUUCUCUUCUGAUGCGUCUGUUGCAAUACCUUGGUCCGGCAUGAGUAUUGAGAAUCCAGAGAACAGGUUCAUAUCAAGCCUUGACAAAAAUUCAAUUAAUUCAUUGCCUUUCUCAGCGUCCACUCGAUUCUUUUUGAGCCAAGAGUUUUUACUGGAGUCGAACCCCAGGGGAUCUGCAACUUGGCCAGAGGAAAAGCUUCCCGUGUCUAGUCCUCGAGUCCUGACAUCUCCACUGUGUAGAUCUCAAUACAAGCUCUUCAAGAACUCUUAUCAGAGUUCAUCAAGUUCGCAUUUGUGGGGUCUAGUUAUUGUUACUGCAGGCUGGGACGGACGAAUCAGAACAUUCCACAAUUAUGGAUUACCAAUACCCCUUUGAGACAAGGCUACAUGGUAUGUGGUGCAAGUCCAUUGCAUGCUAAGCUGGUACAGAAAGCUAGUUUUGGCUGUACUGAGGCCUGUUUGCUUCCAUGAAUGGCAUCCUGAGGAUAGUGAUCCAGUGGGUCCCUUCAAAAAUUCUGCACAUAACUAACGGUCUGGAUAGGCGAUGACUGUAAUAAAUGUACAAUUUGGUUACUGAGUCUUAAUUUAUGAUACUUUGAUUUGUUGAUUUGUGAAGCUACUGGCCCAGAAACGGAAAUGAGUCAUGUGCAAGAAGAUAUCGUAUUGAUUACUAUAUCUGCCUGAUGGAAAAGGCCGUGGGACCUUUGUACAACUUCUUCCAUUUGUUGUUAAUGGUGGGACUGAUCAAAACAGGAUCAGUGGUCGAAAUUCGCUGCAAGAAAAUGGUGGGGAACGCCAUUUUUAUGGUGUGUUUGCUUGUCUGCCAUUUGGUUCCAGAUCAACUUUGCUAGCCAUGGCUCGAUAGGUCUUCUUCUGGGAGCCUGAAAUGUUUCGUAGUAGUUAGAAGGAUUAAACUGUAGUGGAUAGGAAAGUUAACUAGACAUGAGCUGUACUUUUUUGAGCUCUAUGAAGAAUUCGCUAGUUUUCGGGGUUGAUGAGUUGAUCCUUUGAUCAGACAAUUAAUUAAGGGUGCUAUUAUUUAUUCA